GUAAAAUGAAUAUACUUAUUCCGUUUAUAUGGUGCAUUUUAGAGCUCAUGAUCAGCUCUGCUGAAAUAUCUCAACACAUUUCAAAAUUUAUGCUAACAAAAGAUCGACGUGCCAGUUCAACUGUCAGAAAUAUUUCUACUCGAUAUACAAAUUCAUCUCGCUCAAGAACUGUCAGUAUUCAUAACUAUCUAGAAGCCGAGCGUAGGAAAGAUUAUAUUCGAAGACAAAUCUGCCACAUAUUAAAGUGUGAGGCAAAUCAACAGCCGUCAACACAGCCUUCAACGAUAAAGCCACAAGUACCAAAAGACAACACACAAGAUGAUCCCAUACUGUCCGAACCUGCAGAUUUCACAAAAGACACAAGUUGCAUGCAAUUCCCUAUUCCAGUCCAGUAUCUGAAUCCAGAUGUCAAACUAAGCAAUGGCGAUAUAAGGGUUUAUAUCAAAGUGAAGAAAAGAAAAAACAGGAAAAGAAAACGAAAGAUCUCCCUAAGGGUGUCACUUAUAGAUAAUAAUAAUAAUAAUCAAACUAUUAUUGCUAGUAGAAAAUUUAAGCUUAAAAGUACAAAAUGGCAAAACAUCCAUCUCCCAUCAACUUUGAUAAAAUCAAUCAAAAAGCAAAGAAUGAAAGUUUUGAAAAUUUGUAUUCACUGCAACAAAUGUAACAAAAAGGUGCGGGUGGAGUUUCCUUUAAAAAGAAAAUCGAAAAGAAAGAAGAAGAAUCAGCGACGUCGAAAAAUACGAAAAAUUAAAUUAAGAAAAAAUCGCCCAAGGCUUUUGUUAUAUUCAAAACGAGAGGGGAUAUCAGAUAGAUUUCGCAGAAAUACGUUUAAGACAUGUUCUGCAAAUUGCUGCAAAAGAAUCCGUUUUAUUCCGUUCAGUAGUUUACAUUUACCUCAAGAAGUUCUGUUUCCAAGUGGCUUUACAUAUGAGGAAUGCACAAAGUGUUCUGAAAGCUUCGACACCCUGACCUCUGACCUUGCAAAUGACGUCACUAUAUGUAAACCAACACAGAAGUCUCCACUCAAUUUGGAUAUCAAAUUUGAGGAUGGCAUUGAGUUCACUCUAUCUAUACCAAAUAUAAGAGUAAACAAAUGCCAGUGUCAUAUACAAUGAUCAAUAUUUAGUGUGAGUACUUUUGUGUAUAAACGGGUAAUUGAAUUUAUAGAAUAUUUUUUUAUGAUUGUGCGCAUGAUUGUAUUUUGUGAUCAAAAAGUGUUUGUUAUAAUAUGCUGUUCAUGUGAAUCUCGAGUUGAGGUCAAUAUUGUUAUACUGUUAUCCUACCGAACCUAUCCAUUUUUGUUUUUUGUAUGCUUUAUAAGCACGGUUGGGUCAAAGUGUUCUGUAAGCUUAGAAAUCCUUUUUUAAUCACAAUUUUCAUUUUUUAUUGUUGCAGAUAAUUGAUUCUCUGCAAAGUUUAAUCAAAUCUUUACAUUCAGUUGUAAGAUUAGAAUAUACAUUUCAUUAAUUUGGAUCAA